AUGGUGUUAAGAAGGAAACUACCGCUGCUCCUGUUGCUGGUGCUGGUGGGCAGCGCCGUGGGCCAACAACGCCAUGCCCCGUAUCCCGAGUGGAGUGACCGCGAAUUUGCGCCCGUGAUGCGAACGCAGCAAGCAUCGGAUCACGCCCUCUCGCCGAAAGAGGUGGACCAAAGCUAUCGGCUUCCGAGCGAGACGGUUCCGACGCACUACGCGAUCCGCCUGCACACUCCGGAGCUACACACCGGCGGUCGGGCUUUUAGCGGUGCCGUCGACAUCUUCCUCGAUGUGAUCGCCCCAACCCGCACGAUUACGAUCCAUAGCCGGGGUUUGGUCAUUAACUGGGCGGCCCUGUUCGCUCGGCAGGACGAUGGGCUGCUGGUGGAGUUUGGAUUCCCGCAGCACGAGUGGGACUCCCGGACCGAGCAGCUGACGUUCCUGGUCGGUAGCGAGCUCCCGCUCGGGAGCUACGUGCUGGCGAUCGAAUACGGUGGCAUGCUGGAGACGAACUCGGACAGUGGGUUCUUCCUGAAAUCGUACGUCAACGAUGAGGGAGUCCGCCGGUACGUCGGCACGACCCAGUUCGAGUCGACCAACGCGCGGAUGGCGUUCCCGUGUUACGACGAGCCGCUACUGAAGGCCACGUUUAGCCUUUCGAUUACGCACGCGGCCGAAUACGAGGCCGUCUCGAACAUGCCGAUCGCUGAGCGGCUCGAGUUGGAGGGGGCCUCCGAAGGCUAUGCGACGACCCGCUUCGACACAACCCCAAAGAUGUCCAGCUAUCUGCUUGCGUUCGGUGUGUCCGACUUUGUCGCCAUCCAGGAUGGGCGGCAGCAGGUGUACGCCCGGCCGAAUGCGAUCCACGAGGCCGGCUUUGCGCUGGAGGCAGGGGUCCGCAUUCUCGAUGCCCUGGGCGAGUACACGCACGUGUCGUACUACGAGUACAUGCCGAAGCUGUCGCAGAUGGCCAUCCCGAACCGAGGGUCGGGUGCCAUGGAGAACUGGGGCCUGGUGAAGUACGGUGAGCCGGCGCUCCUGUUCAAUCCGGCCCGGAACACGUAUCGCACGCGCAAGGGAAUCGCCGUGGUCAUUGCGCACGAGUACGCCCAUCAGUGGUUCGGCAAUCUGGUCAGUCCGCACUGGUGGAGCUACAUCUGGCUGAACGAAGGGUUCGCCAAUCUGUUCGGGUACAUCGGAGCCGACCGGGCGUAUCCGGCGGAGCGCUACUGGGAUCUGUAUGCGGUGGAGAACGUGCAGAACGCGUUCGGGCCGGAUUCGAGUGACAGCGUGCGACCGAUGACCCAGGAUGCGACCACACCGUCGGCCAUUUCGGGACUGUUCGAUUCGAUCGCUUACGACAAAGCCGGAAGCGUGCUCAACAUGUUCCGAACGGUGCUGGGCGAUGACAAUUUCCGCGCGGGCCUUAAGGUUUACUUCGAAAACCGCCAACUGGACGGAGCGGUUGCGGACGAUCUGUACGAGGGGCUGCAGGCGGCGAUCGACGGCAAGGAUGUGCUGCCGGGUGGCUUCACCGUCAAGCAGCUGAUGGACAGCUGGACGACGGAACCGGGCUAUCCGGUGCUGACGGUGCGCCGUAACUACGACGACGGAUCGGUGAUCGUGUCGCAGGAACGGUUCUACGCCGACAAGCGCGAACCGAACGCGAACCUCUGGUACAUCCCGUACUCGUUCGCCCAUGCGUCCGCCCCUAGCUUCGACGAUCUGUCCAGCUUCCGGUGGUUGGCCCAGAAGGCGGAACGCAUCGAGGACACGGGAGCGGCCGCUGACGAGUGGCUUGUGUUCAACAAGCAGCAGACGGGUUACUAUCGCGUGAACUACGACGCACACAACUGGCUGCUGAUCGCACAAGCCCUCCACAGUGAUCCGUCCGCCAUCCAUCGGUUCAAUCGUGCCCAGCUGAUCAACGACGCGUUCCAUCUGGCCCGUGCCGACCGCCACGAUAUGGCGCUGGCACUCGAUCUGCUCACGUACCUGGUGCACGAAACCGAGUACGUCCCGUGGGCCGCGGCCAACGGUGUGCUGAACUACUUCUACGACAAACUGCGCGGUACGGCCCACUAUCACGACUUUAUCGUGUACAUCGAUGCCCUGAUCGGUCCGGUGUUCGAUGGGUUGGGUGAGUUCGUGCCGGUCCCGGAGGGCGAACCGUUGCUCCAGAAGUACCUCAAGCAGCUCGUCACCACAUGGGCCUGCCGGCUCGGGUACACCGAGUGCCUGCGGCAAACGGUGGCUGCUCUGAGCACCGCCGUCGAAACGAACACUCCGGUCCACCCGGAUGUCCAGUAUGUGGUGUACUGUUACGGGCUGAAGGGGGCCACCGAUGCCCAGUACCGCUGGCUGUUCGACCAGAUGCUCACGUCCGGUAACGAAAUCGAACGCUCGCUGCUGAUCGACGUGAUGGGCUGCUCGCAGGACCGCGACCAGCUCGCGUCCCUGUUCACCGUGGCCAUGGGCAGUACGUCCGAACUGGAGAGCCUGUUGGCGGGCGAACGAACACGCAUCAUCUCCUCCAUCUACUCGGCCGGCCGGUUCGGUGUGGAAGCCAUCAUCGAAACACUGUCCUCGAACCGCGCCCUAGCCCAGGAAUUCGUUGACCGUUUCGGGCAGGGCCAGCUGAACAGCGUCGUGGCGAAUGUUGCGUCGCGCACCAACAACGCGGCCGAGCUGGAGCAGCUCGAGGGCUUCCUGGCCGCGCUGGGUGAUCUGAUCAGUGCGGACACGGCCGAAUCGGCCCGGCGCACCGUCCACACCAAGAACGAGUGGUUUACGACGUACGAAGGCGUGCGUUCGACCACCUUCUUUGCCGACUUUUCGAAAUGA